CUGCUGAAUUAACAUUCAAUAUUGUUACUCUCGGAGCUAAGCCUGAUGAAAAGUCCGAUGCCUCGCCUGUGCUUCAAACGGCAUGGGCUAAGGCCUGUGACUCAUCUGAACCAGCCACUAUUUACAUUCCCGAGGGUAUAUUCUUCGUUCGAAGUGUGAGAUUUAAUGGGCCUUGUAAGAACAAUGCUAUUACUGUUCUCAUUGAUGGAACUCUUGUGGCUUCCUCGGACAUUCAAAGUCUUCAAAUAAAUGAUGGAAAGAAUGUGAACAUCAAUGGAUUAUCUUCAAUUAACAGCCAAUUGUUCAGCAUUGUAAUGAAUCGGUGCCAAAACGUGCAUAUGACAAGAGUAAAUGUCUUAGCUGCAGGCGAUAGUCCAAACACUGAUGGCAUCCAUGUGCGACAAUCAUCAGAUGUGACCAUCCUCAACUCAAACAUUGAAAACGGUGACGACUGCAUCUCCAUCGGUCCAUGGACAUCCAACAUGUGGAUUGAAAGUAUUACAUGUGGACCUAGACAUGGAAUCAGCAUUGGGAGCUUAGGGAUGACAUUCACAAGGACUCGGAAUGGAGUAAGGAUUAAGUCUUGGGGAAGACCAAGCAAUGGAUUCGCUACAAACGUUCAUUUUCAACACAUUAUUAUGAAUAAUGUGAAAAACCCAAUCAUAAUUGAUCAAAAUUACUGUCGUGGUCAAGAUUCUGGAGUUAAAGUUAGCGAAGUAACAUACGAAGACAUCAAGGGAACUUCAGCCACUGAAAUAGCAAUCAAUUUUGAUUGUAGUCCAACAAAUCAUUGCACUGGAUUAAGCUUGAUAGACAUAAAGCUAACUUACGAGAAUCACAUCACUAAAGCUUCAUGUAAAAAUGCUGAAGGAACUACCUUUGGUGUGGUUGAACCUUCUAGUUGUUUAGCAUCGGCAAACUUUUAUCCAUAUACUAUAGACCCUUUAGGAUAUUCUUAA